UUCUGUUGUAAUAUGUAUGUACAAUAACAAAAGACACACUGUGUUGUUCUCGUCAACACAUUAUCAAACAUGAUCAUUGUCGUUGUAUCGGUUGUGUUCGUUGGUUUGUUGGUUAGUUAGUUUGUUGGUUGAUCUCCACUGUACUCUACUCUGUUGAUCACUGCAUACUUGGUUUAGUUUGCUUUAGUUACUUAUGCUCAUCAGACAAAACACACAUACACAUACAUAUAAUAUAUAGAUUAAAAUAUAUUGGAGAAUUGACAGAAGAAUAAAGUGACAGGAAGUUGAAAAGGUGAGAGAGAAUGAGAUAGAAAGAGAAAGAGAGAGUAAGAAGAUUAAAACAAGAUUUUGAGAAAAUAGAGGGAGUAAGAGGCAGUGAUUCCGGCGUACGCGCAGCAUCCCUCCGUGAAGGAUCGCCGUGAGAGCUGAGAAGACGAGAAUAGGAAGUACAAGGUAUAAGGUAUUGAGUGUAUACCCGAGGAAAAAGGGCUCUAUAAAUCUAGGGAUGAGGGACAGCGUGGUUGGACAUGGUUCGCCGGAUGCACAAAAGAUAAAACUGCUCUUCACGGUUUAAAGUGACGUGGGGAUGACUUGGUAUACGAAAGAGACCGGUUGAUGUUAAUGUAUACGUGAGUAGUUAUAUGUUUAUAUAUUGUGGUACUGAUGAUUUAUGUCAAGUGGUGUCAUGAGACAUGUGUGUAUAUGUGUGGGUAAAAAUAAAAGUAAACAACAUUCCAGUGGGGAACUUAAAUGAAUGCUGAUCAGUGUUGCUGUCUCAAUUAAUGGUGGGAUCGAUAAUCGUGAGGUGACAAGUAUCUAAAGACUGUAAAAGUAAGGCUGUUGUUUUGCUGCCUGGUUUUAAAUUAGCACACAACGUUGCUGGUUUAUGUAAGAAUAUAACAUUUACGCUGGGUCAAGAGAUCAAAUGGAUGUAACGACGUUUGCUCUCGUGAUUUUUAUGUCCAAGCGCCAUUGAGACUGUGACUUUAUUAUCAUCAUCAUCAUCAUCAUCAUUAUUAUUAUUGUUGUAAUUUGUUUUUUUGUUUUUUAUUAUUCACACACUCAACUACUGUCUGCUAAAGAUCUAGUGCCAUAUAUUAAUAUUGGUCGUCGGUUAUUGGUGCUGUUGGUGGUGAAGAUAAAAUAAUAUAUAAAUUAUAAAAAUCUUAAUUGAAGAAUUGAAGAUGCCGGGUGAAGGAAUGGUUGAAGAGGAGGGAUACGUGGGGCAUGAGUGGUUCUUCAGAGAACUCAGGUCACAAGGUGGACCUGACAGGCUUCUUAUUUUGGACUGCCGUGCACACUCAGACUUCUUGGAAGCGCACAUCAGGAACUCAGUACCACUGGCCAUACCCAGCAUCAUGCUGAGAAGGUUAGCUGCGGGUAAAGUUGAUCUACUGGCUACCAUUAGGUGUCUCGAGCUGAGGAAUCGAGUCGAGGUUUUUUUGUACGGUGACGACGACAGGAGAGGUACAUUUGUACUGAUUGGCGAUUCGACAGACCCAGCUGGACACCAAGGAGAGACAAUACAGGUCUUGAGUCGUAGACUUAAAAGCUCUGGAGGCUAUGUUGUUACGCUCAUUGGUGGGUUUGGAGCAUUUAGAGAUCGAUAUCCAGAGUGGUGCGAAGGCAGCCAAGCUAAUGCUGAAGGACAACCGGGCCAAGAGAACAAUGUAGGCGAGUUAAUGGGCCUCAGAACUUUACGAAUUUCUACACCGCCCACAAGAGCUUACUCAGACUCUGACAGCGAUAGCACCUGUGAUUCUGUUGUAGGCCCAGAAGAGGACAAAGACUUUCCCGUGGAAAUUUUGCCGCAUUUAUAUCUUGGUAAUGUAGCAAAUAGUGAAGAUCACGAUUCAUUAUCUCGUCACAGAAUACAAUAUAUACUUAAUGUAACGGCGGAUUUACCAAAUGUAUUUGAGGAUGCUGGGUCUAUAAAGUACAUGCAGAUACCUAUAAAUGACCACCACAGUCAAAAUUUAGCAAGUUUUUUUCCACAAGCCAUUCAAUUUAUUGAAGAGGCACGUAGUUCAGACAAAGGAGUUCUAGUUCAUUGUUUAGCUGGUGUAUCAAGAUCGGUGACGAUAACAAUAGCUUAUCUUAUGCACAAAUGUAAUCUGAGUCUCAAUGACGCAUUCAACCUUGUGAGAAGUAGAAAAACAAACGUCGCACCAAACUUCAGUUUUCUGGAGCAGUUAUACAGGUUUGAGAGCGAAUUAAGAGAUCGAGGUGACCGCAAACGUAAUAAUCGUUGCAUUGGUGCUUGCCAACCUGGCGGGCCAUGCAAUUGUCCUGCACCGAGCUUCUUAAGUCCCGUUGACCUGGGGCCCAGUCCGGACUCGGGUAUCGAGUUCGACAAAUGGGCUGCGAGCACUCCUGCUGAAUGAGACGGGCCCGGGGGGACCCAGUACAAUUUUUAGGUCCCUCCCUAUUUUUUUACAAUUAUUUUUGCACUAAAUUUAGCUAGAAAAAGUUUAAACCUAGUAGUGUAAAAAAAUUAACGUAGAUAUUUAAAUUUGAAAUCGUUUUGUCUACGUUAUAAAUUAUAAUUUAAAAAAUAAUAAAAUUUUGAAUGACACGGCACUGAUAAAUCUAAUGGUCACAACGAAUUGAUGUCAGUGGUUGUGACUUUCUGGGAGAGAGGAGAAUUAACGACUGUUGAUGAUGAUUUUGUUCGCCGGUCGAACUUCAUGACAAGAAUAAAACUUUUUAAACUUUGAUAAAAUAAAUAUCAAUUGUAAAAUAAAAAAUUGGUGAAAAAAUAAUUUAAUUGAUAUAAAUAAUGGACACACUAUAAAAGCAUCAAAUAAUUGUCGCUUUACUAUUGUGGUCGAUAAUUUUCAACCCACUAGUAAGUAAGUCAUCAACUAUUCCGUUGUAGGAUUUUACAAGUUACCCUGCAGGCUGGGGGACGUAAAAUAAUAUUAUUAAUAUUAAUACUGUGUACAUCUUACCACAUUGUAUGUAUAAACAUUUAAACUGUAUUUGUCAAAGUAUAUAUACAUAUAUUUUUUUUUUAUUUUUUUGUAACAAGCGGUUACGGUCACUCGCGGUUUUGUAUAGUUGUAUAUCAAACACCCGAUGACUUAGGGAGAGAGUAGAUAUGACUGUUGACAUUCUACGUAAAAAAAAAAAAAAAUAUAUUAAAACAAUUAAAUCUCAAAUUGUUAUAGAAAACCUAUCGACACUUUGCUAUUAUAAUAGUAAUAAUAAUAUAAUAUAUUUUAUUAUUUUUUGAAUUUGUCUAGCACAGAUUAGCUCUGGAAAUUUGAAAGUAUUUUGUAAGAAAGAAAGAACUAAUGUAUCAUUUUUUUUCCGUUAUUUUUUUAAUAAGAAAAUUUGAUCCAAUGCGCUAGUGUCAUAUAGUUUUAAGCUAAAUUUAUUAGUCUACAUUAAAAUAAUAAUUAAAUUUCAAAAAUUGAUUUUUUCAAUUUUAAAGAAAAUUUAAACAUGUACAAUUAUUAAAAUUAAUGAAACGAGUAUGUAUCUGAACAAUUGCUCUCGUAAUGUCGGUACAUAUUUUUUUAGAAUAUAAUUUUUUACCUGGUUAGUAUCGUCAAAUUUAGAAAAAAAAAACGUAUAUAUUUUAAUAUUUCUUCCCUCCCUUGAAAACCGUCGAUUAUCGAGGCUGUGUUUAAUUUUUUUCUUGGAUACGGUUUAUCAAUACUAAAAAAAAAAAUAAAAAAUAAAACACAUUUUAACUGUGUAGAAACGCCUCUCGUAAAAUAAAUAUAUAUAUAUAAAACAGUAAAAAUAUAUUUCUUAAAUAAAGAUAAAAUUUAAUUUUAAAAAAUUCACAUAAAGUUCGACUUGUCAAGCAAAUGAUUAUACGUAGAUUAUGCGAUUUUUAAAAAAAUUUCCAACUGUAAAAAUACACAUACGCGCUGAUAUGGAUACACUAAAGUGACUUAUUCUAUGGUUAAAACAAAAAAAAAUUAAUAAAAUUGUGUCUUCUACACUUUCUGGCUUCCGGAUUGUAACUAAAGUACAGAUAUGCUCAUCGAGCAUAGUACAAGUCCCUUUUAAAUUAAUAAAUAUAUUUAAUAUUUAAUAAUAAAAUAUAAAAAUAUGUGUAUAUUAGACCGGUGCAUUUUUAAACAGGGCAUUCCUCACUAAUUUGAUCGAAAAAUAAUAAAAAUCAUUUAGAAGAAAUAUUGAAUCACGUAAUUCCUUCAAUAUAUUAUUAUAUAUAUUUGUAAUAAGCACAAAAUUGUUUGUUAAUUGUGCAACUUGAGAUAUUUCACAACAGUCUCGUGAAAUCUGAAAGAUAAUAUUAAUUUAUGUAAAAAUAUUUAAAUGAUCGUUAAUAUAAAUUUAUACAUACAUGUAUAUUUUUUUUUACUUAUCAAAAAAUUUAUGGAAUUAUUACUAAGUAUGAGUUUUCAAAACGUAAAAUAACUAAACGGCAGUAUUCAUGGAUUUGCCGUAAUUUUUAUUAUCUUACAGAUCUCGGAGAUAUGGAAAGUUUAUUUUUUAUAAAUAAAAUAUCGAAAAUGUAAAAAAAA